CUGAAGUGAAUAAACUUUGUUUAUAGGAAGUGGAAAAAAAAAGUCGUAGACUAAAAUUUUUAAACUUUUAAAUUUGAUCUGUGUUUUCCAAUCAAAUAGAAAUUUUCACUAAUCAACUAAUUAUAUAUUUACUAAUCAGCUGAUCCUAGGAAUUAUUUUAGUGAGAAUACAUUUCAUUGUUUUGAAAUAUUUUCUUUUAUAUGUGUGUGAAAGUUUAUAUGAAAAGCAUAAUGAGUGAAUAUGAUUUAGACUUAGAUGAGGAGAGUGACUAUGAAGCUGCCGAAAAGAAUGAAAAUGAAUCUGAUGAAGAUACAGAAGAUGCUAGUGAGACUGAUAUGGUGAAGCAAGAGGAAGAAUAUACUGAAAUCAAGGAACAAAUGUAUCAAGAUAAACUGGCCAAUUUGAAGAAACAAUUGCAGCAGUUAAAUGAAGGAGUUCAUCCAGAUUAUUUAAAGCGCUUGAAAAAGUUAGAACAAAAUUAUGAUCAUCGAAUUCUUAUGACGCAGAUAUUUGAAACAAUAGAGCUGGAAAGAAUUGAGCGUGAUUAUAUUCUUGAAAAAGAAGCAGCUCAUAAAGAGUUUGAAGAUAAAAAAGUUGAAUUACGAGAAAAUUUAAUAUCAGAUUUAGAGGAGAAAAAACGAUUAAUUGAGCAUGAGCGUAAUACAAUGGAGCUUACAGGUGAUUCAAUGGAAACUAAACCUGUCACAACUAGAAAACUGCGACGUAGACCGAAUGAUCCUUUACCAGUUCCUGAGAAGAAAAGAAAAACCCUUCAAAUACCUUCAAUUAAUUUUCUCUUGGAUGAAAGUGAAAUAAUGGAUGACCUCAGGUCAAUGAAUAAAUACAAAGCAUCAACAUCUAAAAGACAUGAUAGCUGUGAAAGUGGUUCAAGUGAUCGUGGAAGCUCAAUAGAGGUUAGAGUUGAAGAUGGAAAAUUAUACUAUGAUAAAAAAUGGUAUCAUCGUGGUCAGCAAGUGUAUUAUGAAGGAAAGGAAGUUGGUACCAAAAAUAGUGGUUUAAUCUGCACCAUUAGUUCGUCUGAAAUAUGGAUAAAAAGAACAACAGAUAGCAAUAAAGUCAGAAUCUACAUUUCUCAACUUCAAAAAGGAAAAAUUACCAUUAGAAGAAGAUCUGCUUAACUAAUUAAAAAAUAUCUAAGACCUUUUUAUUUGUCCAUUUCCAUUCUUAGGAGAGAGAGUUUACUAUACAAAUGUUCUUGAUGUAGGUUUUAGUAUUAUGACAUUUUUCGACAAAAAUAUUUCUAACACCUUAAUUUUUCCACAAAAAAAAACAUUCAGCUUUGUCUUUUUAUCUUAAAAGUUAGAUUUUUCUGCCUACUUUUUUAUAAUGAUUUUUAUACAAAUCUGUAAAAUGGCUGAUAAAAAAAAAAGCAAUUUGCUUUUCCUGUUGAGAACAGUUUCAUUUAUGUCUGUUCUUUUUUAACUGUUGGUGCUAAGGUAAAAGAAAAGGGCUGCUUUUUUUGUGUAUGCAAUUGUGUGAUACAUAAACAAAGUUUACAUAUUGGUUACAGAAGAUGGGUCUAGGUUGUUUUGUGUAUGAAUCUAUGAUGGAUAUCUUGAGAAAAAUUCAGUUGGAAUCAAGUAUUUCUUCUUCUCCUUUCUUCAAAUCAAUAUCUGUCUUAUUGAAUUUUCACUUGUAAUUAUCAUAAUCAUUGUAUCAUUAGCAUUUUCUCAUGUAGUAUUCAUUUAUUAAAAAUAUUUUUAAAUUUU